UCAAAAUCUCCUUCAAAAGAAAAAAACAGAGGCAUGAAUGGGCGAAGGCGACGAUUCAUCGCAGCAACUUCAUCAAUGGGCGAUUUCCGUAUUAAGUUCUCACGAAUCGUAUCUCAUCACCAACAACUCAAACUCGCUUUCAAUCAACUCGAUAAUCACAUCCGUACUGGCUUGCAAGAAGCUGCAGAUGUGUUUGAAUCCUUAGCGAAUCCGUUGAUGAAGCUUGUGGGAUUGAAGACUCUUGAAAUGGCUGAAGAAGGAAAAUAUACUACUGUUGUGAUUGAUUACCCUACUCAUUUUCAUGCCAAUGGCUGCAAGAGAAACGAGAAUAGAGCUGAAACGAUGGUGAGAAAGGAGGCUAGUGAAAUUGAGGAAGAAGGCUAUAUGAAUAGAGCCAAAACAGUUGGCAAAGAGCUAAUUCAGAAACAAGAGAUGCAGCUAAGGCAGUUGAUCCAUCUGCUUAGACAAGUUGAAUCCCAAGUAAAUACAAGCCAAACCAACAUUCUUCAGACCCUUAGUGACCAUCAAACUUCCAUACAUAGUGUUUUCAAGAAAGCUGUUGCAUAUGUUUCUGCCAUUCACCAAAUAGGCGAAAAUAAUGGCACUUCUUUGAUCACAAUUCAACUUUUGAAACACAUAUUUCGUCUUGUUAUUACUACACUGAGCUCGGUAGAGUGUGGAGUGGACAACCUAGUGGAUGAGCUAGCUACAAGAAUGUGUAGGCCAAUGGUCAACUAUGUCAAGGGUCUUAAGCUCGAAGUCACAUCAGGAAGAUGUCAUCGCCUACUGAACAUAGUGGAAGAGAUGGGAAGAGCAAUGAGAACAGGGAGGACAGAGUUGGAGGAAGCAAGGAAGAAGGUAAGACUAGCAGAACAUAAUAGACGUGAGGUGCUGUACAAGCUGAAGGAAUCAGAAGAUUUGACAAGGAAAUAUCAGGGAUUCCUCCUGAAAGCCAAGAAUGGAUCAAAGGAACAAUUUGAGCAAGAGAAGGUAUUAUUUAUACUUGAUUAGUUUACUGCAAAUUCACUUAAUGUUAACCAUUUCUUUAGUCUGAAGAGAAAAUCUUCUUCACUAUGGGUGGUCAAGGAUGCACUGUCUCUAAGAGCCUUACUAUUUAAUAAAAUAAAUCUAGCUCCCAUACUACAUAUGCUGAGAAAUCCAGUGACUCUCCCUGUAUGUAUUUGAGCUUCUUAUGCCAAAACCUUUUGAACUCAUUAUAUUUCUUGUUAUGAUCUUCAGUUCUUCAUUGAAGGAAUUUAAAAUUGUUAUGUUUCCAGAAUUAACGAAUUCAAUGAUUGUUUGGACUGCGGAAUACAUGCUUGUGAGAAUGUACAUAUGCUUAUAAGGAAAAUAGUGAAUGAAACAUCUUACUAUGGAUGGAAUUUAUCACAGACAAUAGUCAUCCACUCACAUAUGCUUUUCAGUUUUCUCAAUCCUUGUGCUUGUACAUUGUGCUACCCUAGCACUUCUUAUUUCCCUAUCCUUCCUAUAUUCUAUAGUAUUAUAACUUCGUUUGAGAUCCAAUUGUUUAUUUGUAUUUCAACUAUCGAAAUGGAAAUUGCUUGUAAAGUGGUUUGUUUAGGAGCUGCAUUUGGGAAA